CAAGGAGUCAGGGCUCAAAGGCAGCUCUGCAGCUUCACCCGAGUCCUUCGUGAAAACGCAGCCUUCCCACCGGUUAUUCUGCCCUCACCCGCGGCCCAGGCCACCGUUGCCUUGCCCCCAGCCCAGACCGACAGGAAGAUCUCUUUCCGGACUGAGGCCGGAGUCUGCGCCGGCGCGGAAUCCGGAGGGCCGGGUUGACGGGGCAUUCCCCGCUCACGCUCCUCUGGGACGGACCCGGGGGUUGGGCUUCGCUCUCCCGAAAGGAUGGGGAGGCUCUGGACGGGUACAAUCCUCGACUGGGCCCCAAGAAAUACCUAGAGUGCCCGAAGGGGGGGUUGAAGCUUCCAAGGGGAAGUCAGAGAAAAUACCCCCAUCUCUGUCACCGGGAUCCCUGCCCCCCAGCGGCCACGGAGCUCCCGGAGACGCGGAGACUCUCACAAGGAGAGUUUCCAGGAUCCUCUAGAGAUCGAAAGGUGCGGAAGGGAGGCGGGCGCCUUCCUGGAAAAGAAGUGGGUCGGGCUCAACUGAAAAGCAAGAAGGAGGAGAUUCCGGAACUAGAUAUAAAAGUCCUUUCUGCCUGGAGCUUUCCGGACCCAAUUAGAUGUUGGACCCGGUCUGGUUACCCUGGUAACAGGUGUCGCUGUUUGUCAAGGAACCAAGAGAGGAGACACAGGUGCUGACUUCACCCAAACAAGACCUGUUCUUCCUUCUCCAAAAGAAGAAAUGAAUCACUACACAGACCUUUUUCCCCUUAAGGCAUAUCUUUACACAGACUUAAGAGGCCUAUUCACCUCAAUCAUGGAGUCUUCCUCAAAGGGUCUGCUCACCCAAGUUACUCAGUUCUGGAACCUCCUAGACGAUCUGGCUGAAAGCAACCCUGAGGGCUACGAGAAGUUUAUUCAACAGCAGCUGAAAGAAGGGGAACAGCUCUGUGCCGCCCCAGAACCAUGGCUCUGUCUACAAACCAGGAUCCUGAAACCAAAGGAAAAAAUACUUUUCAUCAACCUGUGUCAGUGGAAAAGGAUCCCAGCUCCCCAGUCAAACACUCAUCCAGUACCUCUAAGUAUUGGCAGACCAGAAGAUAGGUCUGAGACAUCAGAUGUUUAUACAGUCAUCGAUGUGGCCUACAAUCCUGAUGUUCUCCAGGCAGCAGAAAAGGACCAAGUGAAAAAAGAUCAAUUAAUACAGAUGGCCAUGAAAUGCAUUGAGGAAAAACUCCAAUUCACUCUCUCACACUCUUACAGCAUUACUAACUUUAGAAUAAAAGGAAGCAUUCAAAGGAUGAAACAAAAUCUGUUGAGAAUGCAAACUGACCCCACAGAUUUAAGAGAGAAAAUGAAAAAGGAACUAACCCUUGAACAGAUAAGUAGUACUGUGAGCAACCCAGACGACUUCCAACUUUUAUUGCCAAAAGAUGAAGUUUCAAGCAAAACAAGGUGUCUGAUAGAGGAGAUUUCCAGUACAGAGAGCCAGGUAGAGAUGAAGGAACCAGCCUAUGAAUUAAAAAUUGUGGCUGAUCAGAAUGAGAAACCUCUGAAAAUUGAAAUAAAAGUUGAAUUACCUGGUAUUAAUUCCGCAUCUCUCUGUGACCUUAGUGUUUCUGAGGAUGACUUAUUGAUUGAGGUCCCUGAGAAGUACAGAUUAUAUCUGAAUCUUCCAGAAUCUGUGGAUACUGAAAUGACUACAGCAAAAUUUAUCAAAGAGAAAGCUACAUUAAUCAUCAUAAUGCCACUGGUAUAAGUCAAGAGCAUCAUCUCCUUUUGGGUUUUCAGUGCUACAGGCAUGUGAAGGAUAGGACCUUCAUUAUGGGUGAAGAGGUAGUGGUUUAUCUUCAAUACUGGUUUCAUGUUUCCUAAGAGUUCUUUUGGAUGAAAUGAGAUUUUCUCAUCAUGUUUAUACUUUUUUUAACUCCCCUCACACUUGGCUAGAAGCAGAAACUAUUAAAACAGUAUUGCUAUA